UCUAGGUUACAAGCCCCUCCAAAGCCGUAGUUAUUUAAAAAAAAGUAUUUUAUCUAAGUGUUAAAAAAAUAUUGUGUUCACUUUUCGUUUUCUUUUUUUAGACCUACUUUAAAAAUAUCUACAAUAUUAGAAUAAUUUCAAUAAUAUUAAAAUAAUAGGUGUAUAGAUACGCAAAAUAUCAGGAUGUCCUUACUGACAAAUAUACAUAUUGCAUUGCCUCGCAAACUAUAUGUACCAAGAAUAAAUCAAAACAGAACAUUUUGGGAAUAUGUCAAUAUGAUGUUUAAUAAACCAGACCCUAAAAGAAUCGAAGCUGUAGGGCCUGAUCGUGCAUGCGCCGAAUGGGUAUUACGAAAUGGUGGCAGAAUAAUUUGGGCUGAUGGGAAAAAAUUGGCCGACUAUAAUUCUUUACCUUCUGACGAACAAGCAGUGCCAAAAAUAAUCGAGAUCGAUGGAACAAAUUCCUCAAUAUCCCAUUAUGGGUUUCCACAUUUAAGUGGAUGCACAAUGCUACAAAGAAUUAUAUUACAUAAUGACAAUUACAUAGAUGACAGAGCCAUGAAAGGUUUAUCAUAUGGCCGGAAAACUCUUACUCAUGUGCAAAUAUCAAAGUGCCCCAGUGUAACUGAUUUAGGGGUUAAAGAAAUUAAAAUAUUAGAUAAAUUAGAGACAUUGAAAUUAUUUGAUCUACAAGGAGUAACAAAUCUCGAAGAAUGUAAAAAGUAUUUACAAUCACAUUUACCAAAAUGCCAGAUACAAGGUGGUGAAAAGAAAAUAAAUGAAAACUCUACAUAAAAUAUAAUUUAUAAUAAAAAACUAAAUAUAUAAAUAUUAUAUAAAUUUAUUACGUAA